GGUGGAGAUAUAGCUACGAGCUAUCUCGCUGUUACCUAGGUGUGUGAGAUUUUACGAUAUGAGUUCAUCAUACUUCACUUAAUGCCCGAAUAAAAGUGCUUACCUUUUUGUGUUUUGUUCAUUUGCUGGCUUUGUUGGCGUGGUCUCGUUCGCUCUCCACGUUACAGGGAGCAGAUAUCACUACCGCCAAUGACCAAUAGGGGGGUCAGCAUGAAAGCUCACGCUGUGCCGUUUCAGUGUGGACAUAUGCACUUUGGAAAUUUGACCGUAGUUCUUUUCUGUACGACAUUACAAUUUACCUUACCUCACUUACCUUACCAUUCAUCUACUGCAAUAUUAUCAUCUAUCGAUCGUUCUUAACCGUUUCGUAUACAACAUCAUACAUCUCUUGUGUUCGCAACUUCAUGCCGAUCCAAUUGUUUCCGAUCAAAAAGUUAAGCUGCAAGCAAAUAUCCAUCUAUCCAUAGAAUUCAACAUCAAGACGGUCUACAUACAUGUAAUAAUGUCUGUGAGACGGACAAGAUCGGUAUCUAAGUGGAAAGAAGUCCUGGGCUUCGACGAGGGGUUCUACCCCACAUCCGAAACUCCUCCUCCAUAUCAUCGUUACGAAUCCCCCGAAUCCAUCUAUGAAUCAGUAGGGUCUAUCAGUCCUACUGUAUCCUACUAUCAUGAGACGCUCGAAGAACUCACUCCCAAAUUCCAAUAUCACGACGCACCAGAAGUCGUAGAUCACAGUUACAAUGAUGCGCCCGAGGUGAUAGAUACUCCUCUCGAUUAUACCUAUUCAGAUGCUCCGGAAGUAGUGAUAGGACCUUCAGAUGCCCUAAGGGCAGUUAUAAAAUCUUCAGAUGCUCCGGAAGCAGUUAUUCGAUCCCCCACUUCAUCUACUUUUUCACAAACCCCCAUAUCAGCGAUAACGUCGAGAUUUAAUACCACUACUCCUGCGGCGCAUGCACCGAGCAAUACUGCGUCUCAUACCCCGAUCAAUCCUGCUAGUUCCGGAAUCAGAUUUCCACGGGAUUUAACUUUUACGAGGAAUUCGAUAUAUGAUAUUCUUCUCUCGCCAUCGUCAGCACAACCAGUGAGCAAUGGUCGGAAACCUGCCUCUUCACCACCACCACUCUUCUACAUAACAAUCCAUCAAUCCACACCACAGAGCGUUCCAGCCCUACCGCCUCCCAGCAAUCCCAAUAAACCGGAUAUAGCGCUCCAUUCCACCGCAUCGCCCAAUUCACCUCUCCUUGCCUUUGCAAGCUUCAACACCGUCACCCUCAUAACAGAUAUAACCACCCUCCCACCACCCACGCGCCCGCUCUCUCCCCUCACACCCCCCUCAUCCUCCUCACACCCCUCAAAACCCAUCGUUCCACCUCCAACAACCUACAACCUUCCUACCUCCCCCAGCGACUCCCUCACAUUCGGCGUCCGAUCCCAAGGUUACAAGACCGAAAAACUCGUCCCUACCGGCGGAAUCUUUACCGCCGAGCGCUACGCCUUCUACCACACGCUUCCCCGUACGUUCGUCAAAGAGAAAUUCGAAUGGCGCCAAGUAUCCUCAUCUUCUUCCGCUCCACAUGUCGGACUGGCUGCCGUGCCCGAGGAAAUGACUAGCAAGAAAGGCGGGGUAAAAAUGAAGCUAAUGCGCUGUUCUACUGGUGAGACAAUCGCUGUGUAUGUCGGGGUUGGGAAUGAAGACUGGGCGGACAAGGAGCGGAAACGACGGCCGAGAAAGGAAAGGGGAAAGGUGUUAGGGAUGAUGAGGUGGUUGGAGCUCGAGAGUGGAAGCGCCGGGUUGGGAGAUGAGUUUGAGUUGAUGGGAGUGAUGAGUGUGUUAGGGGUGAUGGAAAGAUGGAGGAGGGUGAUGAAUGUGCAGAAACAGUUGGGGAUGUUUACGUCGUGAGAGCAGGAUGUGGAAACACGAUGUUUCAUGAGAAAUGAAGAUAGAUGUAGACGAAAGUGGAGAGUUCAAUUGCAGAUGCAGAGGCAGCAAAAAUUGUACAUGAGAUUGAAGAACAGUAAAGACGUUCAGCGGUGGAUUUGGCAUGUAUUUAGCAGGGGAUUUUACAUUCUGAUGUAUGUUAUGUCAUGUACUUUAUAUACUUAUAAGUUAGUACGUUGUAUAUGUUAUAGUAUUUUAUGAAAUAUUCAAAAAAGGGUAUGGAAGAGCAAUAAUUGAAGAGAGUUUUCCCA